AUGAGCCGGCCGGAGGCCGAGCCCUGCUCCCGGGCGCUGGCGCAGGCCCGCGUCUACCUGGGGCAGCUGCGGAGCCGCGUCUCCCCGGCGGGCCCCGAGGGCGGCGGGCGGCGGGACUACCUGGUGGAGGCGGCGCGGCAGCUGCGGCUGGCGCUGGAGCGGGACGUCAGCGAGGACUACGAGGAGGCCUUCAACCACUACCAGAACGGCGUGGACGUGCUGCUCCGCGGCGUGCAGGUUGACCCCAACAAGGAGCGUCGGGAGGCCGUGAAGCGGAAGAUCACACAGUACCUGAGGCGCGCGGAGGAAAUCUUCAACUGCCACCUCCAGCGGGCUGCGGGGGGUGGCAACCCCACCGCCACGGGUUACAGCAGCCUGCGCUUCCGUCCGAUCAGGACGCUGAGCUCGGCAGUGGAGAACCUGAGACGGUGUAAGGUUGUGGGAGUGAUCGAUAAGGUGCAGAUUGUCCAGGAUCCGGCCACUGGUGGGACCUUUAUACUUAAGAGCCUCCCCAAAUCCCACGUUGAGACCCGUGCACGACAGACCAUCAUCCCUCAUGGGGUCCCCUUCAUGGUCAAGCUGUUGUGCUACUACGUGAGUGAGGACUCCAUCUUCCUCCACCUGGAGCACGUGCAGGGGGAGACACUGUGGUCUCACCUCCGCUCCAAGUACUGUGUCCAGCAGAGCUCUGCAGAUUCAAACACUGUUCAAGCCCUGAGGGACUGUGGCAGAGAGGACAGCGUGGGAAGCUCCCAGGGCAGCAGCCAAGUCUCUAUCUUCUCUGCUCGGACAGGCAAUGGCCUCCCAGGCUCUGCGACCCACCGAGUACUGGGAAACACUGAUGCCUCACCUGCUCGGGAGCAGUCCCCCGACCCCAUGGACCCUGGCUCAGGGAACCACUGCCAGCUUCGCCUGGCUCCCGCCGGCAGCACGAGGGCUGCACCUGGAGGGCAGGAUCUAAGCGUGACACAGGCUGUGUCUGGUGUCGUGGACCGUGUUCCAGCAGCAUCAGCCAAAGGCCCCAGCCACCUUACCAGCCAGGGCCUGGUCAUCUACCCCUGGGACGCUCUAACCAGCGGCGCGGGCUGCGUAUCAGAGAGAGCAGCCCCCCAACAAGACCCCAGGCUUCCCCAGACACCUGCCCCUGUACCGAAGACUGUGAGAGGGGGCCAGCCAGGGGCAGGGGAGCUGCCGUCUCAGCAAGUAUCUGAGGUCCCCUGGGCUCGGCCCAUCCUGACCUCGGGUCAGAAGCAGCUUCGUGCAGGAGUUGCCCCGUCCAGCUCUGGCAAGCCCUGUGGGCCUGACCCAGGGGUGCGGGAGCCCUCGCGGGGAGCAAGCCUGACCCAUGGCUGGCUCAGCGAGCAGCCACCAUUAGGACAGUGCAGGGCUUUGGCUUCCCGUGGGCACUGCCGGAGAGCGUGGGCUGUGAAGGAGGAGCAGGUGCAGCUGUGGGCAGCAGAAAUCCUCCUGGCCUUAGAGGGACUUCACCAACAGGGUGUAUUGUGCCGGGACCUCAACCCCAGGAACCUGCUGCUUGAUGCAGCCGGUCAUAUCCGUCUCACCUUCUUUGGCCAGUGGACAGAAGUGGAGCCCCAAUCCUGCAGCCAGGCACAGGAAGAGCUGUACAGUGCCCCAGAAGUUGGGGGGAUUGCGGAGCCCACCGAAGCAGCUGACUGCUGGAGCUUUGGCUCUCUCUUGUAUGAGUUGCUGACAGGAGUGGCACUGUCCCAAAACCAUCCUUCAGGGAUUCAACCUCACACCCAGCUGCAUCUACCGGAGGGGCUCAGCCUGGCUGCUACAUCGCUGCUCACUGAGCUCCUGCAGUACAACCCAAAGCGGCGCUUGGGCUCUGGAGGAGGUGGCAUGGCGAAGCUGAAGUCCCACUCCUUCUUCAGCACCAUCCCAUGGAACAAGCUGGUGGGCUAGGCAGGCUGUCCUUCCUGCAGGGAGCUGGGCACAGAGCCGCUGACCCUGGCACUUGUGACCCCAGGUGGCAGUGGCAGCUCUGCCUACUGGGGGAGGUUUGCCUGCAAGGGCUGCCCCGGGGUGGGGUACGCAUGAGGUUUUGCAACCUUGCAUGUUCUUCUGUCCCUGCUUGUGUUUGUUGGCACCUCCAAGAGAGGAGGCUGUGGUCCGGGCCAGGCUGUCUUCUCCUCUAGGUUCUCCCUGGUGGCAAAGGGAGCCCAGGUGCCCACCCCCGGGGAGAGGCCAUGCUCCCCUUCAGGGCCAUCCCUUGCUCAGCUUAGCACCGUGCCCUGGGACUCCCUCCCUAUGGUUUUUAUCUUUGCUGCUACCACAGGUGACCCCUCACCCUGUUAUUUUUUUGUGGCUUCCAAGCACAUCUCCUCCAGGCCCCGCUGGCUGGUGCCCAAGCCUGGGGUCUGUGCCCAUCCCUGACUGCAUGUGUGUGUGGGUAAUGCCUGCUGCGGGGGCGAGAUGGGAGGGAGCCCUCUCCUCUUCUCCCCGUGGCCCUCUAAAAAAAUAAACCACUCAUUAUCGCUUGCAGAAAUGUCCUUUUCUUUCUGAGCUGGACCAGCCAGGUGUGGGCCAAGUGUGCUGAGCGAGGGAGAGCCCCAAAUCCGUUUCUCAAACCUGCCUGGGAACCCUGGGUUGGUGUUGCCCACGGGCUGUCAGCAUCCAGAAG